AACAUCAACUAAAUCUCGACCCUGCAUCUGUAAAAAUUUCUAGUUUCAAUAGCCCCACCAACACCACGGAGUCUAGGAAUUCCGCUUCUGAAGUCCUCAGUAAUCCGGUUAUCUACAAUUCCUUGGUACUCAUAAUCCUUUUCAGAUUCGUCAGUGCCUUAGAUCGUCGACAUGCCGGUCAUACAACCAUUGAAGGGGUCGACUGAGGCUCCUGCAACUUACAAGCAGCCCUCGAGGAAAGGCAAGAAGGCAUGGAGGAAGAAUGUUGAUGUUACAGAGGUUGAGAAAGGUCUCGAGGAGUUGAACGAGGAAAUCAUCAAAGGCGGUGUCAUUGCUGAGCGACCCUCCGAAGAGCUCUUCGUUCUCGAUACGGUAGGCGAUGCAUCGUUACCAAAGAAAUUCCCAAAGCAUACUUCGAAGCGUCUUAAGGCCGACGAGAUUAUCGCUGCACGCUCGGUUAUUCCAGCUGUUUCAUUGCGGAAGCGCCCAGGAGAUAAGACUACAGACGGUAUUAUUCCAUCCAAGAGACCCCGGAGGGAAUAUGUCACGCAGAAAGAGCUUUCUCGAUUGCGCAAAGUUGCAGAUGGGUUUCACGAGUCCACGGUAGAAGUCGCGGAUGCGUCCUUCGACCCAUGGGCGAUAGAAGCCAAACCCGAAACACCAGCAGAGAUAGAAGACAAAAGAAACGAUAAGAAAAAGGCACCCAAAUCCAUCUCGAAAAAACCAAUCUCGCUACUAGCGAGUGGAAAGACACCCAAGGCCGUACCGAAACCUACUGGUGGAUACAGCUAUAACCCGGACUUUGCUGACUACGAAGCCCGCUAUAAGGAAGAAUCCCUUAAAGCUGUCGAGGCAGAACGCAAGCGCCUAGAAGCCGAAGAGGCGGCUCGUCUCAAAGCGGAAGCUGCCGCUAGGUCAGCCGCAGAGGCGGAGGCCGCAGAAGCCCGAGCAGAAUUAUCUGAGUGGGACGAGGACUCUGAAUGGGAAGGCUUCCAGAGCGGUGGUGAGGAGCUUAAGAUCAGCGCCAAACGACCGCGUCGCAAAAACCCAGCACAACGGAACAGAAUCCAAAGGCGAAAGGAAGAAGAGCGCCGACUCAAGCACGAAGCUAAGACCAAGGUCCGAAAAGCGCAGCUAGAAGAAAUCAAACGAAUCGCAAAGGAGGUUGCCGAGCGUGAGCACGAACAAAAUCUGGCACUCGCAAACCUUGAACAGAGCGACAGCAGCGCUGAUGACAAUGAUGAGGAGCUCCGGCGUCGUCAACUUGGCAAGCUGAAGCUGCCAGAGAAAGAUCUCGAGUUGGUCCUUCCAGAUGAAUUAGAAGAUUCCCUGCGCCGUCUGAGACCCGAAGGUAACUUAUUGAAGGACCGCUACCGGAGCUUACUCCUAAGAGGAAAGGUAGAGGCUCGAAGGAGAAUACCGUUUAGGAAGCAAGCGAAGACUAAGCUUACAGAAAAGUGGGCUUAUAAGGACUUUAGCAUUUAAAGCCAACUAUUUGUAUAUGGUAGCUUAUGAAUACGAAUAAUCCGCAGCGGGUUAAUAAAGAAUAAAUCUGUACUAUCGGUGAUACUCGGUGCUCGCCAACGGAGAUGCGGUGUUUUCGGCCCUAUAUUGAUAUGCAUUAAAAACGGAACGAGUUAGGUGAGUUCGGUAUUAGCCAAUACUAUAACGUGCCG